AUGGCUGAAGUUAAACUAAGCAAUCAAACUAAAGAUAGAGUGGCUGCAUGCAAAUCCUACAUUGAACGAAAAUAUCAAUUAAGUCUUUAAUAGGAAAUGGAGAAGAAGAUGAUUUGGCAACAAUUGCAAUAAAAUAUGCAGAAUUUGAAUUUCACUCCAAUUGAAUAGGAGUUGAUUAAGAAGGAGAUUCUACAUAAAGAGGCCAUAUAGCUCCGAAAAAAGCGACAGAAGAUCACUGUGAUGGAUUUUGAACCAAUAGCAAUAAUUGGGAGAGGAGCUUUUGGUGAGGUUCGUGUUUGUAGAGAUAAGGAAACUAAGGAGAUUGUGGCAAUUAAGAAAAUGAAGAAGUCUGAGAUGAUAUUUAAAAAUUAAUUAGGACAUAUCAGAGCAGAAAGAGAUAUAUUAGUAUAAGCUAAUUGUCCAUGGGUUGUAUAAUUAAAAUAUUCAUUUUAAGAUGAAAAAUACUUAUAUUUGGUAAUGGAAUUUUUAAGCGGUGGUGAUUUUAUGACACUAUUGAUUAAAAAGGAUAUCAUCCCUGAAAAAGAGGCUAAGUUUUAUACAGCCGAAAUAGUGCUAGCAAUUGAAGCUGUGCACAAACUCAAUUACAUUCAUAGAGACUUAAAACCAGACAACAUCCUCAUAGAUGAAAAUGGACAUCUUAAAUUAUCUGAUUUUGGUCUAUGUAAACAUCUGGGCAAUAAGCAAAAUGAAAUACUCUCAAUUCCCUAUACGGAAAGAAGACAGGACACUUAACAAUAACAGACUAGAAGACAAUUGGCAUUUUCAACAGUGGGAACUCCUGAUUACAUUGCACCUGAAGUGUUUUCAUAGAAAGGGUAUAAUGAUUUAGUGGAUUGGUGGAGUGUUGGAGUCAUACUGUUUGAAAUGGUUAUUGGUUAUCCUCCAUUUUAUAGUGACACUCCUUAAAAAACAUGUCAGAAGAUUGUGAAUUGGAAGAAACACUUUGCCAUCCCAAAGGAACCCAAGAUAUCACCUGCUUGUGCUGAUUUAAUUAAGAGAUUAAUGGCUGAUUCAUCUGAGAGAUUGGGAGAUGUCAAUUUGAUCAAAAAACAUCCCUUUUUCAAUGGAAUUGAUUGGGAUAAUUUAAGAAACAUGAAAGCUCCCUAUCUACCUGAUAAAUCGAAAAUUACUGCCAAUUUUGAUAAGUUUGAUGAAUAGGAUCCGUGGUACUAGACUGCAGAGAAAAGAGGAAGAGAGCAAAAUCAUUUUCAAGGGUACACUUAUAAAAGAACCAACGAAAAUGAAGUCAGUCCUAUUAAAAGAGCAUUAGAGGAAUUAGAGAAUAUUAAACCUUCUGGAAUUAGAGCUAAUUUUGAUAAAAAGCAAAGAUCCUAGUCUCCUGUGUACAAUGCUUCUCCUCAUUUGAAUUAGGGUUAGAGAUCUCAAUCUCCUUCAAUAAAAGAAUAGUUGAAGCAAACAUAUGUUCAAUAUUUUGGAUAAUAUUUGUCUCCGUUAAACAAACAGAAGAGACCUGAAACAGCUUAAAUUAAAUAACAAAUGGCCAAUAAAAAGAACUGA